AUGGCAUCGACAGGCGAUGCGCCGCAGCCCUCGAGGCUCGAGAAAACAACCACAAACACCACGACCGCCCCGGCACAGGACAAUGAUCUAGCUCGGUCCCUCGAAAAGCUUUCUAUAUCCCAUGAUCCCGCUCCAAAGUCGCCGCUCCUCAAGGAGCCGAGGACCCCCCUAGGGCCCCCUUCUCGACGCUCGUCCCAAUCCCCCGCUCCUCGUGGGCGAGUCCCCUCCCGAAGCCCCUCAGCCGGCCCGAAUAAUCGAAUGCGGAAUCCUUCAACGCCAAACUUGCAUCGGAAGGCGUCGAUGAAUUCAUUACAUUCCGCAAAUGGUGUUUCUGCUACUUCAUAUCCCCCUUUGCGACGCUCGAGUUCCAACCAAACACUGUCACCCUCGGGCGAUGCCCCUUUGCCUCCGAAACUUCCUCUAACACCUGCCAGCAUUGCCAAUGAUUGUUUGAAGGCUGAGCUGAAUACCAUCCAUGGGCCAGCCCCGACUCUCUCCGCAGAAACCGUGGUCAUCGUCAAUGACGCCGUCUAUGGCCAUCGAUUCUCCCGACCACGAACAUCUAAAGGCGUCCUCGGUACGAUUGUCGAACGGCCAGAACGUAUAAAGGCGGCCAUGUUGGGCAUAUCACUGGCUUAUGUGCGGCUAGGAGAACGUCAUGCCGAUGGAGUCCAAGCCCUGACCCCCAAGCGCGAGGUUCAGCAGGUAUCAAGCAUACCCUUCCGCAUUCAGAAGACCGAUCGGAAGCUAUCUAUCCUAUCGCCAGCCGUGACAAAUGUGCAUGGAACUAAGUGGAUGGACGAACUCAAGGGCAUGUGCGACAUGGCAGAGAGCAGACUGGCAGCAGGUGGCAAGGAGUUACAGCGUCGUCCUCGUAGCAGGACGAGCACACGGACGGCCGACGAGCCAACCCCCGAAAAGCUACACGAGGGCGAUCUGUACCUUUGCUCAGAGUCCCUCAAUGCAUUCGAAGGGGCUCUAGGCGCGGUGUGCGAGGGAAUCGACACAGUCUUCAACGAGAAUGGCCCUCGAAGAGCCUUUGUCGGAGUGCGUCCCCCAGGGCACCACUGCUCUGCUUCGCACCCGUCUGGAUUUUGUUGGGUAAACAAUGUACAUGUCGGUAUUAUGCAUGCUGCUAUGAACCACGGACUUACCCACGCCGCCAUUAUCGAUUUUGACUUACAUCACGGCGAUGGAUCGCAGUCAAUCACAUGGCAGCAUAAUGCUCGUGCCAAUCUAGCUACAAAGAACGCCAUGGCUUGGAAAAAGUCAUCGAUUGGUUAUUUCAGUCUUCAUGAUAUCAAUUCUUAUCCCUGCGAAGGAGGCGACGAAGAGAAAGUCAAGAAUGCAAGCCUGUGUAUUGACAACGCCCACGGCCAGUCCAUAUGGAAUGUGCACCUAGAGCAGUGGGAUUCCGAACAGGAAUUUUGGGACCUGUAUGAGACCAAGUACUCUGUUCUGCUGGUCAAGGCGCGCAACUACCUCAGAAACCAAGCCCAGCGACUUAGAAAGCUAGAGCAAACCCCCAAGGCAGCCAUCUUCUUUUCAGCAGGAUUUGAUGCCAGCGAGUGGGAGAGCGCUGGGAUGCAGCGACACACGGUGAACGUCCCCACUGGAUUCUAUGCUAGACUGUCCCGGGAUGUCGUAAAGCUCGCUUCGGAGGAAGGAUUGGGUGUUGAUGGUCGUGUCAUCAGCGUGUUGGAGGGGGGAUACAGCGAUAGAGCACUCUUUUCGGGUGUCUUUAGUCACCUGUGUGGCUUUGCACCCAGCUGUGAUGCGAAAAUGCAGACCGCCUCAGACGGCCUCGGCAUUGCUGCUCCCGAACUAGGACUUGCUCCUCGCUUGACAUCCAUUGAAAAUGACGAUACAGAGAACGAGUCCACCACCACUCCUCCCUAUGAUCCAACUUGGUGGGCUAGUUCCUCGUUGGAUAUCAUAGAUAACCUCAUAGCAGCACCGCCCCAGGUCCCCCAGAAACCAAGGCAACCUUCGCUCUCAACCUACUCAUCUCCUACACAGGCCUCCGUGGCCAAGGUCGUUGACCCUGCCAAUAUGCGCCGAAGCUUGUCGGGUCUAUCGAGCAAAAGCCACACCAGGCCAGUCUCGCCGCCCCCGCCUGAGGUUCCUUGGCACAUUGCUGCCCAUGAGCUGUCGAAGCUUUUGAUCCCAUCUGAUCGACAGACUGAUAGCUGCAAGCCUGAAGACCUCAAUGCUGAAGCUACCAGGCAACGCCAGGCACGUCAAUCCACCGCGCCUAAAGCCACACCGGUUGGUACGCCUGAACGACCUAGAUCACAAAUGAAUCUGCGCGGGAGGAAGCCCAGAGUGGUAAGCUCCCAAGUGAGUGAGGCAGUAUCCGCCAAAGAUCGACGGAAAACUCUAGCGACAUCUACCCCAGCGACGGAAACCGCAACCACUGCUGUUGCAACCGAGUCAAAAGCAGCAGGUGCCCGAAGAGCUAGCAGACGGCUUAGUGGUAUCUCUGCCAUCGGCACCGCUACGGAUGAGGCAGCGCCUCAGUCGAGCAUGACCACAAGACCUGAUCUCGCCGCCUCUGGCCGGUCGCAGAGCUCGACUGAUUUAGCCUCCAAAAAGACACGAGUACCAGCUACACCUAGGAGGACAGCUGGCAAUACACGUACAGCACGGGGUGCAAGCAAGACGGCGACGACUGCACCUAUCGACAAGCAGGUGCCAGCCACCGAGCCUCGAAAGCCUCCGACAACCGUGGAUGAUCUGGACAAUAUUACCCGAGGGAUGAAGAAGAUCAAGAUUAAUUUGAUCACAAAGUCACAAAAGGAGGCUCGGGAACGUGCCCGGCUUGAAAAAGCGAACACCAACGCCGCUGGGCCAGCUCCAGCCGCACCAUCAUUAGCGGAAGCGCUCAGCACUGAGGUUGAUAUGCCUUCAUCGCCUCCCAUCUCACCAACAACUGUCCCAACAGAAUCCCCAAAGCCUGCCAUUACCAAUGAGUGGGCGCUAGAUCGCCAAGGUCCAGUCAUCAUCAAGCAAGAGCCUGAUCUCAGUUCUGAGCCAGGGCUCUUGGACCAUGAUUCAAAAUCAACCACCUACGGAACGGAUGACUCGUGUAUCUUACCACCUCACAAGACUCCAUCGCCUGAUCUGCCCCAGGUAGCGAUCCAGGCUAGCAGUGACCCUGCCGAUGUGUUCAUCGCAUACCAACCUGAAGGACCAGCACCCAAGGCUGCGGUCCAAUCCGAGCCGCUGACAUGGCUUCCACCGAACGUACCCACGUCAUCGGCGAACACGCCGGCAGGGACUCCCAUACCCGCAAGAAGCAACCUCUUCACAUACAAGACCGGAAGCAUUCCCUUCGCUCCCCGACCUAAGAACGGAGCUCCUCCGGCUGAUGAGGGAAAGCAUGGAAGUGGGUAA